AUGGAGGUUGAUUGCUUAACAAAUCUACCAACAGAAAUUACCACCGACAUCCUGUCACGUCUCUCUAUCAAAAGCCUUGCAAUCAGCAAAUCCGUUUGCAAAGCAUGGCGCGAUCUAUUCGAUUUUGUCAAAUCUGACAUCAAAACCCCACCCGCCCUAGUUCGAUUUUACUGGGGGAAAAACUCAACUCGGUGCAAGAUUAUCGAAAUUGAAGACGAAGACGAAGCUGAUCUGGAGAGCCACGAUCUUCACUACCACCCGCUCACAGAUUUGGUGAUCCCUCACAGAAGCACAGGACCAAUGCAAGGUAUCACUGCUAAUGAAUUGCUUCUUAUGUACUCACCAUCAACAAAAGGUAUUCCUCUUUACAUAUGUAAUCUGAUCACUCGUGAAUAUACCGAGCUCAGUUACCCUGAGUUCGUGAAUAUUCCGAAACAAGUGUUGCAAUUUGGAUUUGGUGUGAGCAAAAUCAGUGGGCAAUAUAAGGUGGUUUGGAUGAUUGCGGACUUUCAUUGUGUAUACACCCUCGGAACAGGAACAUGGAGGCGCAUUGAAGCCGGCCCUGCUUCUUUUGUCUGUUUCUGCGGUGGACCUAUUUUAUGUAAUCACAACCUCCAUUGGAUAGUAUGUGAUUUUAUGAAUAACAUAUGGUCGUUUUGUAGUUUUGACGUUGAAACAGAAUGUUAUAACAUCUUCUCUUAUCCUCCUACCAAACAUAGAUCAGGGAGGUUAUCUGUUUUGAGGGACUGCCUGUGUUAUUCUUGUCAUGCACGCAAUAAUGAAAUUGUCAUCUGGAUGAUGAAGGAAUAUCAAGUCGAUGAAUCUUGGACUGUAGAGUACAAGAUGAGUACUAUUGGUUUUGAUUUAUCUAAUUCUUAUGAGACAUAUAAACAUGUCUUUGCAAUUAACCUUUAUAAAGAUGGUGAUGUUUUGAUGUUGCUGGACUAUUCAAUUUUAGCCUACUACUCCAACAAUACAAGAACUCUCCAACGAGUCAAUAUGUUGAAUGAUGCAGACGCAAAGAGAGGUUAUGCCCUGAUUUUCAAUCCUAGCCUUCUCUCACUCAAGAGUUUCGGAUUCGAGAAUGUGAUCUCGUUUUAG